UUAUAGAACGUCUGUUGUUAAAUUCCGUCGAGGUUAAGCCUUACGUCCUGGACAAUCAAAUGUGUGAUGAGUGUCAAGGAGCUCGCUGUGGUGGAAAGUUUGCGCCUUUCUUUUGCGCCAACGUAGCCUGUUUGCAGUAUUAUUGCGAGCAGUGCUGGGUACAGAUACACAGCCGCCACGGUCGAGAAUAUCACAAGCCUCUUGUAAAGGAGGGUGCUGAACGACCUCGUCCCGCGCUUUAUAGGUGGUAA